GGCGCAAACAAAAAACCUACUCAGCCACUCUCAGACUUUCUCUCUCUCUCUCUCUCAGGUACUCUCUUUCUUCUCUCCCUCUUACUUUCUAUGCAACCCUAAAUCCUUAGAUUCGACGAUCUCGUGAAUCCAAUGGACCAAGAAGUAGAUCCAUGUGAAGUAAAGAAGGCUUCUUUAGAGCCUAAGGCUCCAACCGCUGCUGACCCAGAUUCAGUUUCUCCAUUUGAUUCAGACCCUUGUCUGUCUGAAGAAGAAGAGCUGCUAACCGAUGAAGAAAUCAUCGAGUCUGUCUAUCAGAGUCUCUUGUUAAUCAUUCUCUCAUUGCAGCUACAACAGGGCAGUGCUGAGACUUGGUGUUUUGAUUGUUGCAAGACACCUCCUCCUUCGCGGGUUGCAGAAACUGCUCCGGAUACUUGUCCCGGAGCUCCAAUGAAGCUCGCUAAGAUAUCAAGGACCAUUGAUUCUGGAGGACUGAGAAGGAAGCUCUUCUGAAUCUGACUGAUGUUGUGACAUAAUGUUAGCUUAGCUGUAAGAGCUUUUAGGGAUUGUAAUUUAACUCUUUUAUAGCUUCUUGCUUUUGCUUGUGUUUGUACAGUCUUCUUAGGCUUUUAUGAAGACUUGCUAGCUAACCUUGUUGUUGGAGACAUUCAUUUCUAUCUUUAAGAAGAAAAAAAAUCAAAACUUUCUCUUC